AUGGCCCUCAUCACCAUCUCAGGCUAUCCCUCCUCUGGAAAAUCAACCCGCGCAGCCCAAAUAUACGACUUCUUCUCCUCCUCACUCCAAUCCUCAGAUCCGAGCCCACAGCUCAAAGUAAAAGUCAUAUCAGACGAUGAUCUGGCUGUCGACCGCUCGUCUUACGAUGACUCCCUUCAAGAAAAAACCGCCCGCGCCACUCUCUUCACCGCUAUCACAAGGCAUAUAGCCAGAGAUACGAUCUUAAUCGUAGACGGGAUGAACUACAUCAAGGGGUUUAGAUACCAGUUGUAUUGCAAGGCGCGAGAGGCAGGCGUAAGGGUUGCUACGGUCUAUGUCCUCGCUACGCCUGAUCAAUGUCGGAAGUGGAAUACUGAACGAUCAGAUGAGAAGAGAUAUAACCGCGAAACGUGCGUCUUCUCCUCCCUCUCCACUGUCCCCAGUCCCUAA